CUUUGCAUAAAUACGCGCGCGAGGAGGGUCAGAUGAUAACAACGGCGGAGUGGUCGAGCAGCGCAUUGUGCCGGUAGAAGGGUGUGCGACCGAGCGUUCGGGCGGUGCGUGGCGGCUGAGCCGGUAGCAGCGGUGGUUAUAGCUGAGCAGGACGAAGUAUGUAGUGGACGAAAUACGGCAAAGACCGCGGCGUCGACGAGGGUUAUUUGGCGGGGUGAAAUUCGGAGGGAUGAUUUCGGAAGGGUCGCCGAUCGCAGGAAGAUGUGUACGGUGGGAGUCUGCGUGUGACCCCUACGCGCGGCCACCAGGCAGCGCACCGAUCGAAAAUCGUACCACCUCCACGCACGUCCUGCGUCUGAGAAAAGGGCGCGCCGCCGACCCGAUCGAUACAGCCCGACGAGCCGGGACCACCGAGCUACCCCGAAAAACCAACGCCCGACGUGCGAUACUUCGGCGACAGACUCUAGGCAGACAACACCGCUGUUCACUCGCUUCAUUCUGGUCAGCGGCAGCCAACGAGCUGGUCCUCUCUCGCACUGCUGUUGUCGCCACCAGUGAUGACUCACUCACCAAGCAGGACACUCCACUCCUGCUGACGUCACUGCUGCUACUGUCCGGUCGUACUACGCGACUGUAUGAGUACCACUUGGUCGCGUGGUCACUGUACAGAGGGCCACCAAUCUUCAUCAUCACACGGUGGUUUUGGAAACCGUCCGUCUUCGGUGUAGUGAUGCUCUACAUCUACCCUGUAGAUCCGAAUUUGUUUGAAAAACGGCGACAAAUUCGGUUCUAGAGAGGUUUGUGUGGUGCAUAUUCCUUACGACCAGAAUUUUUAUCGUCCGUGUGUGGUGGCCCCGACGGCAGUUUAGUUGUUAUAAAUAUAUUAUAUUAUAUUAUGCAUAUUACUUAUUCAUUAUUAUUCAUAUAUAUUUUAUAAGCAUUGAUCAUCAACAUAAAACAAAUUAUGUUGUGUACUUUUUUUAUGACUGAAAUAUACAAAUAAUUAUUAUAGCUGCACAUAUUUUAACGUUUAAUUUCAAACAUUUUAAGAAAUUAAUAUUACCAAUAAGUUGUUCUACAGUUUUUAUUACGAUAAUAUUGUAAACUUGUAAAUACUACGUACCUAUAAGCAAAAAUAAUUUGAAUUGUAUUAUUAAAUUGUUAUUUUUAUGGAUAUUUGUUGUAAGAAAUAAUGUGUUAAAUCAUAAGGUUUUGUAAAGUGAUAUUUGAAUUUAUAUUUAUCUUAUUCAGUUUUUACUUAUAUUUUUUAUAUUAAUACAAUUGUAUACAUUAUAACAUAUAUUACUUUUAUUUUUGGGUGCUUUUCAUUAGGUGAGCAGUGACUAAAUAAUAUAUACUUGCCACUUGAUGAAAAAUAUCCUAAAAUGGAAGUUCGUAUUAUUAUACAUUAAAUUAUUUACAGAUUAAAAUGCAUUUUUUUUAAUCAGAUAAAUAUGAUUAAUUAUAAGGUUUUGUAAAGUGAUAGUUGUAUUUAUUGAUAUCCUAUUCAUUAUUUACUAAUUUACUUAUAUUUGAUAUUAGUAGAAUUAGAUUUCAUACCAUAAUAAUAUGUUACUUUUAUUUUUGGGUGCUUUUUAUCUGGUUAGCAAUAAUUAAAAAAAUACUUGCAACUUGAUGAAAAAUAUCCUAAAAUGAAAGUUAUUAUUAUAGGUACCUAUACAAAUUAUAUUUUAAAUAAACUAUACGUUAUAACUUAUAAUAACAAAUUAUAUUUUAAAAAUAUAAUUUUUUGAAUAAGAUAGAUAUGUUUAAUCAUAA